GUUUGUAUUUGCAGUCGACCCAUCCACUCCUAAAGACUACACACAAGUGCAAUGAAUUGUAUUCACCCACUGAACAAAUCACAGUCAUGAGAUGGUAGCUGCUUUGCAUGUGGAGCAGGCAGGCUGCCUGAGUGUGUCUGCCUUUGUCAGUCCAAUUCUCUCUCACUGCUAAAUCUCUGAAGCUAGAGAAAGGAAUAUACAUUUUUUUUCUUCAGCUGCAGGAUGGCUCUUGCUGCAUCUGUCUUUCCUUCUUCAUAAGCCCCAGGGAGCUCCUGAUUUCCUAUGUCUGGGAUUCCACUCCACAGCUUUGCUAAGGACCAGUUGAUAGCAUCAAUGAGGACCGCAUCUAAGCAUCUAGUCUCCAGCAGGUGAAUGGGACUGGAGAGAGCCGUACAACACAUGUAAAUGAAGAAGAAGCUUUUUUUGUGGUUAGCAGAAGCAUCUCCUAACCUUUGAUUUCAGCUGCUGGGGCUUGGGGAUAGUCUGCUAACAUGUGCAGUGCAGAGGCAUUCAACUGUGACUGUCUUGGGCUAUCACUGGAAUCUUAAAACCGCCAAGGAAGUCCCAGGGAAUCCCAUAUUAACUAAACUUCGUGGGGAUUUUGUUUCUAACAAUGACACAUUACUGGCUCUCUUUUUGGAGUAUGGUUUUAAAAUACUGGGCAGUUUUGUUCUGCUACAUCGUCUGGCUUCAGGACUGUCAAGGGAUGCCACACGUUAUUCGCAUAGGAGGCAUUUUUGAAUUUCUGGAAGGACCCACAGGACAGUUUGUAAGCGCAGAAGAACAAGCAUUCAGAUUUGCAGCAAACAUCAUCAACAGAAACAGAACAUUAUUACCAAACACAACCUUAACCUACGAUAUUCAAAGAAUCAACCUCUACGACAGCUUUGAAGCUAAUCGAAAAGCUUGUGACCAAUUGGCCCUAGGAGUGGUUGCUAUUUUUGGACCAUCCCAUAGUUCCUCCUCCAACGCUGUCCAGUCUAUUUGCAACGCAUUGGAAGUACCGCAUAUUCAAGUCCGAUGGAAGCACCAUCCUCUAGAUAACAAAGACAACUUCUAUGUAAACUUGUAUCCAGACUAUGCUUCUCUGAGCCAUGCAAUCUUGGACCUUGUACAAUUUUUAAAGUGGAGGUCGGCCACGGUAGUUUAUGAUGACAGUACAGGUCUUAUUCGAUUGCAAGAGCUCAUCAUGGCCCCUGCCAGAUACAACAUUCGGCUAAAAAUACGUCAGCUUCCACCUGAGUCUGAAGAUGCUCGGCCACUCCUGAAAGAAAUGAAGAGGGGAAGGGAGUUCCGUAUUAUCUUUGACUGCAGUCAUGUAAUGGCAGCUCAAGUCCUCAGGCAGGCCAUGGCAAUGGGCAUGAUGACAGAAUACUAUCACUACAUCUUUACAACACUGGAUCUUUAUGCUCUGGACCUGGAACCAUAUCGCUACUCUGGAGUGAAUCUUACAGGAUUCCGGCUUCUAAAUGUGGAAAACCCAUAUGUUACCACUAUCAUAGAUAAAUGGCAAAUGGAACGUCUUCAAGCACCUCCUAAACCAGAGACUGGACUGUUAGAUGGAAUAAUGACGACAGAUGCUGCUCUGACAUAUGAUGCAGUCCAUAUUGUGUCAGUUUGCUACCAGAGGGCCCCUCAGAUGACAGUCAAUUCAUUGCAGUGUCAUCGACAUAAAGCUUGGAGAUUUGGAAAUCGCUUUAUGAACUUCAUCAAAGAGGCCCAGUGGGAAGGACUCACCGGACGGAUCGUGUUUAACAAAACCAGUGGGCUACGAACAGAUUUUGAUCUAGAUAUCAUAAGCCUGAAAGAAGAUGGCCUUGAAAAGGUGGGAACAUGGAACCCCUCUGAUGGCCUCAACAUUACAGAAGUUGGUAAAGGAAGAGGACCAAAUGUCAGCGAAUCAUUGACCAAUCGCACACUCAUUGUCACUACAGUACUGGAAGAGCCUUAUGUGAUGUUUAAGAAGUCUGAUACCCCUCUGUUUGGUAAGGACCGAUUUGAAGGCUUUUGCAUCGAUCUCCUAAAAAAGAUUUCAGAAAUCCUUGGAUUUGAAUAUGACAUACGUUUAGUGGAAGAUGGUAGAUAUGGAUCUCAAGAUGAAAAAGGACAGUGGAAUGGCUUGGUGAAAGAGCUAAUUGAUCAUAAAGCUGACCUGGCAGUUGCUCCUCUCACCAUCACCCAUGUCCGAGAGAAGGUAAUCGAUUUCUCAAAACCAUUCAUGACCCUUGGAAUUAGUAUCCUGUACAGAAAGGCCAAUGGUACCAGUCCCAGUGUCUUUUCCUUCUUGAACCCUCUGUCUCCUGACAUCUGGAUGUACAUCCUCCUUGCCUACCUUGGAGUGAGCUGUGUCCUGUUUGUCAUUGCAAGGUUUAGCCCUUACGAAUGGUAUGACGCUCACCCUUGCAAUCCAGGAACCGACAUUGUGGAGAAUAAUUUUACCUUGUUAAAUAGCUUUUGGUUUGCAGUUGGGGCAUUAAUGCAGCAAGGAUCUGAGCUGAUGCCCAAAGCUUUGUCAACAAGAAUUAUUGGUGGUAUUUGGUGGUUUUUUACCCUUAUCAUCAUAUCAUCCUACACCGCCAACCUUGCUGCCUUUCUUACAGUGGAAAGAAUGGAGACGGCUAUUGAUUCUGCAGAUGACUUGGCAAGGCAAACAAAGAUAGAGUAUGGUACAGUUCUUGACGGAGCCACUAUGAAUUUUUUCAAAAAAUCUCACAUCUCGACCUUUGAGAAGAUGUGGGCGUUCAUGAGCAGCAAGUCAUCAUCGCUCGUUAAAAGUAACGAGGAAGGCAUCCAGCGAGUUCUCUCAUCUGACUACGCUCUGCUAAUGGAAUCAACAGCUAUUGAAUAUAUAACUCAGAGGAACUGCAAUCUGACUCAGAUUGGAGGACUCAUCGAUUCAAAGGGUUAUGGAAUUGGAACACCCAUGGGUUCUCCAUAUCGAGACAGGAUCAGCAUUGCAAUUCUUCAACUGCAGGAGGCUGAUGAAAUUCACAAGAUGAAAGAAAGGUGGUGGAGAGCCGGAGGUUGCCCAGUGGAAAAAAAUAAGGAGGCCAGUGCCCUAGGCAUCCAAAACAUGGGAGGCAUUUUCAUUGUGUUAGCAGCGGGACUCAUCCUCUCUGUAGUUGUGGCAGUGGCAGAAUUUAUAUACAAACUAAGAAAGACAGCAGAGCGAGAGCAGCGUUCUUUCUGCAGCACAAUGGCAGAUGAGAUUCGACUAUCCCUUACCUGCCAGAGGCGUGUCAAACACAAGUCACAGCCACCUGUCAUGGUCAAGAGUGACGCAGUAAUUAACAUGCACACGUUCAACGACAGGAGACUUCCAGGAAAGGAUAACAUGACCUGCAAUACUGGAUUAACACCGGUGUUCCCAUAGGUUAAAAAAAUGAAUGUGUGCAAAGUCCAGAAAUCUACCCCUAAACAACUAUUCAUGCCCUUCAGCCAUUCUGACUUACAAAGAGGUCCAGGGCAUCAAACCAAACUUGUGCUCUACAGCCAGAAGUCUCUUGUUUACAAACAAAACUUAGAGGGGAAAUGCCAAGUUAAUUUGUCUUCAGCAGACUUUAAAAUGCCACAAAGACUUUGUGGCCCUUUUGAGCAUGGCAAUAAAAGAAAAAAAAAAUUGUUCCUCUCCUUUCUACUUUGUCCAUGGAAGUGUUCGCUUUGGAGGUGGAAGGAGGAUCAGUUCUGUCUUGUUGUACACAGCACACCUAACACACCCAUGCAUUCUGCCAAACUGCUCAGUGGAACUCAUACUUUAAUGCUGUGCCUAUGAGGAGUUUGCAACAGGCGCAAACUUUAUGAUAUGUCUGAAUCAGACAGCUAAUGGGUCUUUUACUGUGGCUGAAUAAUGAAGAUUACUGCUUCAGAACUGAUGCCAAUGUACAAGAUACAGCAGAGGAAAGGGAACUAAUAACAUCCCCAGUGACCUACGUUCCCUUCCUCUGCACAAGAUACUUAGCACGAACCUUUAAACUGAAAAGGAAAUCUUAUCUCACAGCAAUGCCAUUCUGUAAACACUUAAAUUAACCAUAUGUCCUUAUUCAGUUCAGUGAGUCCUUACUAUCACCUUUCUCAACAUUCUCAAGUAUUCCACCGAACCAAGCUGCCAACCCAGAAAACAAAGUAACCAAAGAGGGUAAUAUAUAUUAUACACCAACAAUAGUCAAAAGUUAUUAACUAGGGUAGUAAAUAAUAGCAAACAUAUCAAUUUUUCCCUGUGAGUUGAUUAUGUUGUUUCAGAUAGAAGUUGUAGAGCUACGGUAUUAUGUGAUUUGGGAUUUCGGUACACUGAGGCGUUGAAGUGUAGUUAUGCGGCUGUCAUAAAUUUGUGCCAUCUUCAUGUUUGACACUGAUAAAGACAAAUACAAUGCAGUGUUGGAAAAUGUACCCAUCUUGGUGCAACUUUUUUUAUUUGGUUAAUACACAACAUUGCACCAAAUACUAUCACUUGUGUACAAUAAUGUAUUUUAAUAUAAAUGUAUACAUUUUAUUUUUACGUCAUAAAACUCUACCUUGCUUCACAGAAAAUGAGAUUUGUUGUUAAACAAGUUUUAAAUGAGGCAGCUCAUACAGAAUGUAACCCUGUACAAAGUUUAUAUGGCAUCAACUUCCGAUGGCAU